CAGAGAUUGUGCACUGACCAUUCUCAAGUAAAAAACAAAGAAAGAAAGAAAAAAAGAAAACAAUAUGGGAGGAGGGUGGUCACAAGAUGAGGCAUCUCAGAGUCAGUUUCAUCAAACAAGUAAGGAAGAAAGUAAAAAUAGUUCAAAAAUCCUGAAAGAAACAAAACUUAAUAAUGGCAAUAAGGCUAUUAUUAAUACAGAGAAAUCACCUAAUAAAUCCAUACAUAAAUUGGAUGAGAUCAUAAGAGAUGCAGAUGUCACCAUAGAUCACUCAUCUAUGGAGAAGCUAUUGCCUCAGCUCCAAAAUGGGAUAUUAUUGAACCAAAAAACACAGAAGUACUGGAUUGACAAGAUGUUGGAUAAUUGCUUUAUGGUGUAUGCAAGAAAACUGUCAAUUACUUGGGGAGAAGAUAAUCGUUAUUGGACAUGGCAACAGCAUAAAGACACAAGUGAGGAGUUAAUCGAGGUGGCUCGACUUAAGCAAGUGUGCUGGCUAGAAGUAAAUGGAAAAUUUGAGAUGAGAAAGCUGUCACCUGUAACUUUGUAUGAAGUAGCAUUUGUGGUAAUGAUGGAUGAUUCAGCUAAUGGUUGGAGUUUUCCUGUAAACAUUUCACUGUCUCUUCCAGAUGGAACCAACCAACAACACAACCAAGAUAUGACCAAAUUGCCAACAAACCAAUGGACUCACAUCACAGCUGGCAAGUUUAAAACAUCUCAUCAUAAUGAUCAAUUUGGGGAGGACAUCCACUUCUCUAUGCAUAAUUAUGAUUCACCCUGGAAAGCAGGCCUAUCCAUCAAAGGUGUUUUAAUACAGACUACCAAUUAACACCAUUAAUUAUAUUAUAUAUUAUGUUUGGUUCAUGAAACAAUUUAUAGGGAAACUUCUUGUAAUAAGAACAACAACAAUGUUUAUGAUCCAUGUUUAUUUCCAAAUAAGAUACAUGCAGUCAAUUAUAGUAAAAAAGGUAAAAGAAUAUUUUGAGUAGAACUACAGAUAUUAUUGUGA